UCGUACCGGUUCUCGAUGGCGAACCUGGAGGAAACGCAAGAGGCCGAGCUGGACGCCAUACUGGGCGAGCUGAGCAUACUGGAGGAGCGGGGCGAUCUGCGCCAUGGGCGCAGCCACAGCCGUACGAACUCGACGAUAUCGGCCGCCACGAACACGACGCUCUCGUCGGAGAGUGGCUGCAGCAGCGUCACGAACGAUACACUCUGCAGCGGCGGCAGCAUCGCCAGCGGCAUGGGUGGAGGGGUCGGUGGGGGCAGCAUCAGUUUGCACCGGGAGCCCCGUACCGAUAGUCCGGACAAUGAUUCCGCGUUCAGCGACACGGUGUCGCUGAUGUCCAGCGAAUCGUCAGCUUCGAGCAGCGUCAGCAGUUCGCAUCUGAAGCAUCUACAGGGGGCGGCGGCGGCAGCAGCAGGUGGCCAGGGAGUCGGUAACGUAGUAUCCGGUGGAGGCCAGCAGAAUCUCGACGGAGGCAAGCAGGCCAAAAUCCAUCUCGCCCUUCAGAAGCUCGAGCAGGCCUCGGUGCGACGGCUGUUCGUAAAGGCGUUCUCGGCGGACGGAGCCUCGAAGUCGCUGCUGGUGGACGAAACGAUGAGCUGCGGGCACGUGACGCGCCUGCUGGCCGACAAAAACCACGUCCAGAUGGAACCGACGUGGGCCAUCGUCGAGCACCUGCCCGAGCAUCAGAUGGAGCGGCUGUUCGAGGAUCACGAGAUGCUGGUCGACAAUCUGAUGCUGUGGAAUCGCGACUCAAAGAACCGGGUGCUGUUCCUGCAGCGACCGGACAAGGUGGCGCUCUUCAAGACGCCGGAAGCGUUCCUGCCCGGCACGCAGAUGGCACCGGGCAGCGAACAUGACGAACACACCAGAGCGAUGCUUUUGGAAGAAUUUUUCACCAGCGGAAACCAGAUCGCACUGGAAGGGCCGCUGUAUAUGAAGAAUGAUGCGAAAAAGGGUUGGAAGAAGUACCACUUUGUACUGCGCGCGUCCGGUCUUCACUACUACCCGAAGGAGAAAACACGGUCCGCAAAGGAUCUGCUCUGCCUGGCACUGUUCGCUGGCCACGAGGUCUACCGCGGGUUGGGUUGGAAGAAGAAGCACAAAGCCCCGACGGAUUACACGUUUGCGUUACGUUGCCCGAAGGUGCCGCCCGGCGUGAAGGGGAUUCGUUCGGUGAAAAUGCUUUGCGCGGAGGAUGCGACUUCACUCGAUAACUGGGUUACUGCCAUACGGGUGAUGAAGUAUGGUAAGAAACUUUUCGAUAAUCACCGUUCCUUGCUGGACGAUUUGGCGCGGGAAGAAUUGGAUAAACUUAGCUCGGCCCGUAGCAGCUCGAUCGGUAGCAUCGUUUCGUCCGUGCCGUCGCAGUGCAGCACGAGUAGUAGCAACAGUAGCGGAAGCGGCAGCAAUCAUCUUUUAGUUCCUCAGCCUGGUGUCGGUAGUGUCGGCACCGGUAAUGCCAAUGGGGCCAGCAAUGGCAACGGGCGGCUUUCGCGGGCAUCCUCGUCGAGCUCGAGCGGCUGUCUGUCGGAUGAGAACAACGGAUUCGAUUCGGAGUUCCCGACGGGAACGAUCAAGCGGAAACCGUCGAUGAAACCAAAUCUUCCACUUACCUCGAUGACGCGCCAGCUGAAGGAAGUUGGUGAGACGACAUCGCGGCACAAGGAGUCACCGGUGGGCAGCAUGAGUGGUUCGAUCGGGGAAGGUGGAACCCUUACGAGGCGUCACAGCCGGCGGCGAAGUGAGGAAAGCACUGGCAGUGGCACGCUCAAGCGUCGUCCGGUACCGAAUGCGAACCGUGGGUCGAUUGAAAGCAUGAGUUCGUCCGCAUCAACACCCACACCGGUUGGCAGUGUGCUGAACACUCCGGUUAACUUUGAACCGCCAACGACGAUCCUGAGUAGUGGAACACCUUUGGCCAACGGAGUGCAGCAGGGAGGAUCACCGACGGUCGUGGUCGUCGAACCUAUUCCAUCCUGUAUGACGGAUUCUACGUUCUCUCUACCGCCGCCUCCGCCACCACCGGCGGAUGACCCGGCAACGAUGGGUGCAGACUUUACCGGGUCAACGCUUUCGCUCGAUUCGCUUCCUCCGCCACCACCUCCGAACGAGCUCGACAACUCUUUCAGUGGAUCUCAACUGUCACUGGCAUCCGUGCAAUUACCUCCGCCGCCACCACCGUCCGGGCAGGGAGCGGCCACCUGUUCCCAGGGCUCGACAGUGCCAUCUUCUUCGGUUGGUGCACCGGUACCACCCACAAAUGCUGCCCGUUGCGCACCGAUGCCAUCCGUGGCGCAGUCCAUCAUGAUGCUAAAUCAUCAUCAGCUACAGCAACACCCACACCCACAUCAUCCGCAUCAUCACCACAGCCACACGUUACCGAGCCCAACGCCGACCACCAUCCUCAAGACGGAACCGAUCUACUCGAAAACGUUGAAACCUUCCGCCCUGAAGGCACCACCAUACAAAGCUCCUCCGCCGUACAACGGUGCCGAUGCUGCGGAUGGCCCGACGACACCCACACCGCUGCCGGCUAAGAGUGUCUCCUUCGCCGAAUCUCCCGUCCUGUUGCGUCGGAAAGUUUGCUUCGAGGACGAAAUACAGGAGGUGCCACCAUCACCGAGGCGUGUUUGUGCGUCGUACAGCGUCGGACCACCGGCACCACCACCGCGUGCCGAAGCGACUCGCCUCUCGACCACCUACACCUCCCCGAAGCGUCUCAGCGAAUCGAGUGCCAAUCCACCGCGAGAUUUCCUCAAAGAUCUCCAGCGAGUGAUGAACAAAAAGUGGCAGGUGGCACAAAAGUGUAAGCUCGAACCGGCGACAACUCCGCAUGAGGUGCUUGGCUUCCGGGACAUCCACGGUGCUGCCAACGAUCUGUACUCGUCUGCCACACCGUACUACCGCGAGACGGCAAACGUUAGCAACUGGGUGCAGGAGCACUACGGAACGGGGCCGGCCGAUGGGCUGUACGAGAACCUUGGCAGCAACAUGGGCAUGGAGCCGAACUAUCCGAUCGUGCCGAACAUCGCCGUCCCGGCCGCGCAGCAUUUGUUGCCGUCCACCGGGAGCGCCAAGAAGAGGCCACCUCCACCUCCACCGAAGCGCAGCGAAAAGACACAGCUUACCACCACUGGCGGCAGCAGUAGUGGCAGCUCGGUAUCGGCUGCAUCGCCGCCGCAACAUCAUCUCCAUCACCAGCACCAGCACCAGCACCAGCUGCUCAAUCAUCACUACCUCCAGUAGCAGCGGCAACCGGAAACGGUUACACCGAACAACGGUGUGCCGGUGUCGGCAUCACCAUAGCCAAAGGACUGAAACCCGUGAGUAAGUUGUAUGGCGUA